CAGCGAGUUAAUUAGGGGUUUCCUGCUCUCCGGCAUGCCCUGUCCCAGCUCCUGCCCCCCAGGGCUCUUAGCCCUGAUGGCACCUGGGCUGGCCCUCAUGGCCACCUUCUCGCUGCCUUCCCAGGCUGGGGACAGGAGAGCAGUGCCGGUGGAGAAACCUCCAGGUGUGAAGGGAAGAACUCUCAUUCUCCUUGAUGUCAACACCAAGAGCCCUGUCAGGAUAAUCAGUGAGAAUUUCCUCUCCCUGCAGCUGGACCCCUCCAUCAUUCAUGAUGGCUGGCUCGAUUUCUUAAGCUCCCGGCGGCUGGUGACCCUGGCGCGGGGCCUGGCCCCCGCCUUCCUGCGCUUCGCGGGCAAGAGGACGGACUUUUUGCAGUUCCACAACGUGAAGAACCCGGCCAAGAGCCGCGGCGGGCCCGGCCCCGACUACUACCUCAAGAACUACGAGGACGACAUUGUUCGCAGCGACAUUGCCCUGGAUAAGCAGAAAGGCUGUAAGAUCGCCCAGCAUCCUGACAUAAUGUUGGAGCUACAGAGGGAAAAGGCAGCUCAGAUGCACUUGGUUUUGUUAAAGGAGCAGUUUUCAAACACAUACAGCAACCUCACACUAACAGCCAGGUCUCUAGACAAACUCUAUAACUUUGCUGACUGCUCUGGCCUUCACCUGAUCUUUGCACUGAAUGCUUUGCGCCGAAAUCCCAACAACUCCUGGAACAGCUCCAAUGCCCUCAGCCUGCUGAAGUACAGUGCCAGCAAGAAGUACAACAUCUCCUGGGAGCUGGGCAAUGAGCCCAAUAACUAUCGGACACUGAUCGGCCGCUCUGUGAACGGCAGCCAGCUGGGGAAGGACUACACUCAGCUGAGAAGCCUGCUGCAGCUUAUCCGCACUUACUCCAGAGCACACCUCUAUGGGCCGAACAUUGGAAGGCCCAGAAAGAAUGUUGUUUCUUUCCUGGAAGGGUUCAUGAAAGUGGCCGGCGGCACGGUGGAUGCUGUUACCUGGCAACAUUACUACAUUGAUGGUCGAGUGGCCAAGGUGACAGACUUCCUGAAAACACGCCUGUUAGACACACUGUCAGACCAGAUCAGGAAAAUCCAGAAGGUGGUGAACACGUACACACCAGGGAAGAAGAUCUGGCUGGAAGGUGUUGGCAUGAGCUCAGCUGGAGGCAUGAACAACCUCUCUGACUCCUACGCAGCCGGGUUCCUGUGGCUGAACACGCUGGGCCUGCUGGCCAGCCAGGGCAUCGACGUGGUGGUGCGCCAUUCCUUCCUCGACCACGGCCACAACCACCUGGUGGACCAGAACUUCAACCCCUUGCCGGACUACUGGCUGUCCCUGCUUUACAAGCGCCUCAUUGGUCCCAAGGUGCUGGCGAUCCACGUGGCCGGUCUCCAGAGGAAGCCCCGGCCCGGCCGAGUCAUUCGCGACAAGCUGCGGAUCUACGCCCACUGCACCAGCUACCACAAUCACAACUAUGUCCGGGGAUCCAUCACCCUUUACAUCAUCAACCUGCAUCGCUCCCGGAAGAAAAUCAAGCUGGCAGGGACGCUGCGGGAUAAGAUUGUCCACCAGUACCUGCUGCAGCCCUAUGGCAAGGACGGGCUCCACUCCAAGUCGGUGCAGCUCAACGGGCAGCCGCUGGCCAUGGUGGAUGACGGGACUCUCCCCGAGCUGAAGCCUCGCCCGCUGCGGGCCGGCCGCACCCUGGUCAUCCCCCCGCUGACCAUGAGCUUCUACGUGGUGAAGAAUGUGAACGCGCUGGCCUGUCGGUACCGAUAGCCUGCGGCCACAGUGGACUCGCCAGCCCCGCUCCUGCCCCUGUGCACUGCCCAGGUCACGCUGCCUCCUUGGCAGCCCACGCAGCCUCGCCGUGGGGCCGUGUUGGGCAGCUCCACGCCGUGCCCUCAUCCUCACCCCCAGGAUG